CGCGCGCCUGUUGGUGAGGACUCGGCCCCUCCCCUCGGUGUCAGCAAGUCUCGCCGGGGGAUUUAAAUAGGUGGGAGCCGGAGAAGCGCAGCAUGUUUGUGGACCGAUCGUCUUGUCUGCACCAUGCACGUGUGCCUGAGCCUCCUGUGCGUGGGUCCGGCCCUGCUCGUCCCGGUCCUGCUGAGCGCUGCUCACGGAUGGAAGGUGUUGACCAACGACGCGACGGAAAACGUACCCGAGUACCAGGGGGGCAGACCGCGACAGGCGGAUGCGGCAGAGUCCUCCAACAACAGCACAAUAAACCGAGCGAAACACGGAGGACGGGCCGAGGCGCCCAACACCGAGACUUACGGUACGUCCAACUCGAGCUGCCAAGAGCUUCGUUCGACGCGCUACAUCAUCGACGGGCCGUGCCGCAGCAGCAAGCCUCUCAAGGAGCUGAUCUGCUCCGGCCAGUGCCUUCCACCCCACCUGAUGCCCAACUCCAUCCUGCGAGGGAAGUGGUGGCGACAGCAGGCUUCGGACUACAGGUGUGUCCCCGCUCACUCCCGCACGCAGCGCUUCCACCUCCUGUGUCCCAACGAAGAGGUGCGGACUUAUAAAAUGCGAGUGGUGACAUCGUGCAAGUGCAAGCGCUACACCAGGCACCACAACCAAUCCGAGUUCAAGGAAAUGGACAAGACGCCCACCAAGCGCCGGAGAAGCAAGGCCUCCCAGGCUGUACGGGCCAGAAGCCGAGGGCAUCGGCCCGAGUCCCAGAACGCCUAUUAAGGGGCAGCAGUUUAUUUGGAGGGUUGCUGAUAAAAGAGCAAAAAUAAAUAAAUAAAAACGGGGCAACCACAACAAGAAAACUGCACCACGUGAAGUGAAACUGCGUGCCAACCCGGCUCAAGGGAACAGACUGACUCCUCGCCAUUACGCAUAACUUCUUACUUUUGGAUACGCGGCUGCAGCUUUUAGUCUUUUGCACGACAGCCUGAGGGUGACGGCCACUGGGCAAUGGAAGAGGGGCGGACGUGUCUGGAAUCUUCUGCUGGGGGCGCUGCUCCACCAUCUUCACCCUUCACCGGACAUGUGGAGACGUUCAGGAGGGGCUAUCUGGACAUACCGGAGACCCCUAUUGUUGAGUGGGAGGGAGGGUGGGCGCAUUAUAAUUGCUAUUGUGUGAGGCUGGCGCUACGGGCAGCAAAUGGACUGCAAUGACACUUGUACCAUCCCAGUGUUUGGGCCUGGCUGGGGUGUCUUCUGUGGGAGCCCCCCCUGUGUUCUUGUGGGCAAACACCUGCGGCCAUUUUGUUUUUUUGAUUCUAAUGAAGAAUUGGUGAGCAGUAUGGGGUGACCUUUUAUAGAGGAGGGUUCCAUUGAGGGUCGGUUUUAUUGCCAGUAACAAUGCCAUGGAAAAAGCGGGCGGUGGGUUUAGAAAACAUAUGGAUGGACAUUAUGGAACAUACAAGAAAGGCAUCGAUAAUAACAUCUUCAGUCCUGGGCAACCCAACGAUAUUCACACCGUUCCUCUAAAAAAGGGGGGACGCCUUCAAUGAGCAUAAUUAGGGUAUCAUGGCUCGGCAGGAUGCAUGUGCUCUUGUCUUGGGGGCACACAGAGCGUCUCCCCCGAGCCGGCAUUCCGUGUCUGCCCACAGUCCGCAGUGCCUCCUUCCAGGAAAGCCCCUCAAGAGCCCAAGUUCCUAUGGUAGGCUUGCACGCCACUCCCACCUGGAGCGUGACUGGGACAACAGAACAUUAGAAGAGGGGCGGGUGGGGGGUUUGUCAUUAAGACUUCCAUUUCUUGCCAUUUAAGAAAACCACGACGUCACUUAAAUCCCGGUCAGGGUGGCCGUCGUGGCAGAGUGGGGUGUAUGGUGGGAAGGAGAAACAUUUAAAGUUCUCAAUGAGCCCAACCUGCUUGUCUAUGCGGGAGGAAAACACAGACGGACAGACGCAAGAAUCUCAAAGUGGCAUGGGGUUCAAACCUGGGAUAAUGGGUAUGUGAGGCACUAGCACCAGUGCCAGCCACUAUGCCAUCAUGCCACCCUCACUCAACACCACCUCAUACAAAAAUCUAUACACAGAUGGGAUCGCCUCCAUGGCCCUCACCACCAAAGUGACAAAUUCUGAUAAUUCUGCAUCACCAUAGCAGUACUUCAGAUCCAUUCAUUAACAUGGCACCUUAUAUACGCUAUGCUGCUCGCCUCCUGUAGCCUGGCGCUGGCGGGCCGCCGUUCAGUUGAACCCGAGUCCGGUCCGAGGCUGUGAAUGAACUCGUCUCCGCUUCUCUUCUGUGCCUGAAAUGAGUUAAAAAAAACAAACAAAUAAGUGACUGCUGCAAAGAAUGAAUUGUGUAUUUAUUUGUUUCCUUUUCUAAGUUAUUUAUGCAAAUAUUUUGUGUAGUUCUAUUGAUUAAUAUUAUUGCCAUAUAAAGUAUUAGCAUAUUAUUUGAAAGUUGGAAUAAAAUAUAAAUAUAUAUAUAUUACUAGCAGAAAGUAUUUUAAA